CAACACAACUGUUCAUACGCAUACGACACCACAUACACAUAUGCAAUGUGAACAAAUUACACUGAAACAAAUCCAAAGAUCGACUAUGUGAAAAUAGUUCAUCAGUAGCAUUAACCGUGUUCUGGGCACUUUUAUAUAUAUAUAAAUUUAUGAUUUUUUUUUCUUCUUUCGUUCGUUUGUGUCCCGAAAACUUGUGUGAUUUAUUCGAUUUUUUUGUCAAUUAAUUUGUUGAAUUUUCAUUGAAAUUUGUUGACAACUGUGUGUUGCAUUGCGUAAAAAUUGCGUUACAAUUGUUGUGAACAUCGGUUGGUUGCUGCGUUCAGUGUGAUUUUCGGAGAAACACGACAACGACCACGACGACAACAACAACGGAUUGUUUAAAGAUCCGAAUAUCUAGUGAAAAUGUGUGAAUUUUUUUGUUAAAACAUACGAAAAAAAAAAUAUUUUCAAUUUCAAAUGCAUUCAAGAAUAUUACUGAUUGCAGUGUGUUGUUUACGGCCUGUUUGGUAUAUGUAAAAAAAAAAAAUCUCGUUUCGAGUGAAAAACGAAAAAAAAUAUAGAGAGAAAAAAUAGUCAACAGUCAUAAAAUUGUUGUGACCAAAAAAAGGUGCCUCUCUCAAAAAGAAUAAUAAGUUAUAACAAAUUUAAAUGUGAGUGUACCAUUACAUACAACGAUAUAAAUACGAAGCUGAUUACGGUAAAAUAUACAACGCAUUGCGCAUUAGAUUUAUCAUCAUCACGAAUUAAUAACGAAUAACAAAAGCGAAAAAAAAGCAGCGAAAAAUGAUUCACGUCGGUGACAAUACAUGGAAUUUGCGGAUUUUUAUCACCGACCUCCAAGUCGAGAAAACACUACGGGUUCGUGGUGAUCUUCACAUUGGUGGUUUAAUGCUGAAAUUAGUGGAUCCAGAAAAUCCAAAAGAUUGGUCGGAUCAUGCACUUUGGUGGCCAUCAAAAAAUGCAUGGCUUUUACGCACACGAUCGACACUCGAUCAGUGUGGCGUUCAUGCCGAUGCCUUGUUACACUUCACACCAAUGCAUAAAGUCUUAAGAGUUCAACUUCCCGAUUUACGUAAUCUUGAUUGUCGUGUUGACUUUUCGACAAAUACAUUCAGAGCGGUGGUGAAUUUGUGCAAAGAUCUUGGAAUUCGACAUCCCGAAGAGUUAUCGUUCUGCAAACAAUUGGAAUCACAGCAUUUAAAAAAGAAUUAUUCAUCGUUUCCAAAGGCAAAAUUUCAAGCAAAUGAAUACGAUUAUGGACGCGAUUACAUAUCGCCGGCGCCCGACACAAAUUCAUUUAUACCAACUCAUUCGACACUAUUGACCAGCAGCAAUGGCAGUUUGGAUUCACCGCACGGACCAUUCUCGUGCGCACCAUAUCAGCACAAUACGUAUCAACCACCGCGUCAAACCAAUCCGAUCAGCUCACCAACUGGCACAUGGAAGCACAACAGUUCGAAUGGCUAUACAACAUUCAAUGAUUCAACAUCAUCGUUGAGUGAUUUACAUGAGAAUUUGGCUGCCAGUCCCCGUGCACCUAGUCCAGACAUUCGAUCACGUUUGGUGAAACCAAAAUCGCUGAUCGAACGUGCUCGUAUGAAUGUUGCAUGGCUUGAUUCAUCACUUUCGAUAAUGGAACAAGGCAUUCGCGAGUAUGACACAUUGUGUCUUCGUUUCAAGUAUUAUACGUUCUUUGAUUUGAAUCCAAAAUACGAUCAAGUUCGCAUUAAUCAAUUGUAUGAACAAGCUAAAUGGCAACUACUUAACGAAGAAAUCGAUUGUACCGAAGAAGAAAUGCUAAUGUUUGCUGCGUUACAGCUUCAAGUCAAUUUACAAAAUGACAUUCAACAGCCAGACUCGGGCAUUGAUACAUCCAGUUUGGAUAAUGCGGCCGAUGAUGACAUAGAUGCAGCUCUAAGUGAACUUCAGCUCACAUUGGUCGGAUCAAAUGGUCAUUCGAAAACUAGCGACAUUACACAUAUUCCAGAGUUGACAGAUUUUUUGAGAUUCUUAAAACCGAAAAAAUUCACUCUCAAAGGAUACAAACGCUAUUGGUUUGCAUACAAAGAUUUAUAUUUGUAUCUGUAUAAGUCAAAGGAUCAUUUCCGUAACAAUCAAACACCAACCAUUGUUAUUAAUCUACGCGGUUGUGAAGUUACGCCUGAAGUUACCUUAGCCCAAGGAAAAUUCAAUAUCAAAUUGGAAGUGCCACCGGAGGAGGGUUACGGUGCAAAUAAUGAAAUGUGGAUUCGAUGCGAUAAUGAAGAUCAAUAUGCAAAAUGGAUGGCUGCAUGCCGUUUAGCAUCAAAAGGUCGUUCGUUGGCUGAUAGUUCAUAUGAUUCAGAGGUGGCAAGCAUAAAAUCAUUCUUAAGCAUGCAAAAGCCAGCUCAUGGGCCUGUAGUCAGCAUAAAUCCGGAUUCGAUUGAUGCAAGUGUUUUCUUAUCACCGCGUACUUACAAAAAACUUAAAGGAAAGGCAACACCACGAAUUCUCGAAGCACAUUCAAAUGUGAAAGAUUUGUCGUUGAUCGAUGCAAAGCUUAAAUUUAUUUCGGCAUGGCAAAGUUUACCGGAAUUUGGUGUCACAUUGUUUGUUAUCAAAUUUGACGGCCAUAAAAAGGAAGAAUUGCUUGGUGUAGCGCACAAUCGCAUCAUGCGAAUGGACAUAAAUAAUGGCGAUCAUUUGAAAACAUGGAGAUAUAACACAAUGAAGGCAUGGAACGUCAAUUGGGAAAUCAAAUGUAUGAUGAUUCAAUUUGAAGAUGAGAGUAUAGUGUUCUCGUGUCUGUCGUCCGAUUGUAAAGUCGUGCAUGAAUUUAUCGGUGGUUAUAUUUUUAUGUCGAUGCGUUCAAAAGAAUCAAAUCAAACGCUAAACGAAGAAAUGUUCCACAAAUUGACCGGCGGUUGGGUUUGAAUGAAUGGUUUCAACACAAAUGCACAUUGUUGUCUAUAUGCAUAUUUUAGAAAAUGAUUUGAAUUAGUUCUAAUUCUAGAACAAAAACAAACGCAAACACUGGAUAAUAAUCAUUUUCAACUAUAUAUAUAUAUUUUUCUUUUGCAAUUUUUAACUUCUUCAUUAAUAAUUAUAAGCGAUUUACGUAAACAACAACAAAAAUCAAAUUGUAACUUACACACAGACACAAACACCCACACUUGUUGCCUUGAAUGAUGAAAUAUUAUAUUUUUUAAUAGAAAAUGAUAACGAUUAAUUUAAAUGGUUAGAAAAUAAUUUAUAGAGAAUCGAAUGUUUUCAUAUAUACUUAAAUUGAUGUAAUUUUCAAACGAAUUCAGUAUGCUAGGGAUUUUUUUUUUCUUUCUGUUUAUUUUUUAACGAAUUUAUGCCAAACUAAACACUUCAAUUAAUUAAAAAGUGAAAACAGAAAUUGAGGCCUAUACUUAUUCGCAUGUAGCACGCAAAUAAUAUUAGUGUCAUAGAUGAACAUUUUUUUCUUCUUCGUCAAUUAAACUAUUUUGAGUCAUUCGUUAUUUACACAAAAGAAAAGGAAAAAAAAAAUUGAAAGAAAUUUUGUUGAACGAAAACUUUUAUCGAAAAAUUCACAGACACAAUUGGUACUAAAAAAAUAUAUAUACUAUAUUUUAGAAAAGAAAAUGCCUUAAAACAAUCUACUUAACUUAAAUUUAGUUGAAUUAAUACAUUAUAUGUGAAAGUUAUACAAAACAUUACAUUUGUAACGUGUUUUUUUCGUUUUUGCGACAAGGCUAAACUUGGAUAGAAAAUUGGCACCGACUAUUAUAUAAAAAGUGUAACCAAUUGUUA